CGGGGGCGUGGCGGGGGGCGACGAGGGUGGAGUACGGUGCCUGCGAGCUCUGCGCCCGCUGGCCGCUCGCGGGCUCGGAGAGCCGGGGUCUCCGCCCCGCGGCCGCCCGCACCCCUGGUAGUAUCCCAGGGCUGGCAAAGCACACAGGCUAAGUGCCGAGGAGAGGGACCAGCUGCUGCCAAACCUGAGGGCCGUGGGGUGGAAUGAGCUAGAAGGCCGCGAUGCCAUCUUCAAGCAGUUCCAUUUCAAAGACUUCAAUCGGGCUUUUGGCUUCAUGACGAGGGUGGCCCUACAGGCGGAGAAACUGGACCACCAUCCCGAAUGGUUUAACGUGUACAACAAGGUCCACAUCACCCUGAGCACCCAUGAGUGUGCGGGCCUUUCAGAACGGGACAUAAACCUGGCCAGCUUCAUCGAACAAGUAGCAGUGUCCAUGACAUAGGCCCUGCCCUUCCUCGUGGAAGUCUUUGGGGGAAGUGGAGGGACUGAUUUGGGAAUCCAGGGAGGGAGCUGGGGAGCCCUGAGAUGUUCUACAGCCAGAAUUGCCAAGUGGACUCUGCUGCCUCCGUUUAGGGGAGAGUCCUUGCUGUGGUAAGAGGAGGUGCCAGCCUCACUGCCGACCACUCUUUAUCCCCAGCGCUCUGGCACACGUAUGCUAAUCGAGUACGAUCUUCCCCUUCUGUAGGACUUCCCAACAACAGUAAUGGUCUUCUUGCCAGGCUGUGUCUUGCUCCUUUUCUGAUUCAUUUCCCAAGAAGCUGUGUCUAAGAUGCACAGUCUUAUCUUAGAAACCAGGACCCUAAAGUCAACCCCCUGGUAUGUGACAGAAACACGUGUGCUUUUAUGCCUCAAAUAAAACUACUGUUUCACUCGG